AUGUCCAUCGACUAUUCUCAUCACCCCAACGCCCGCCGGCUGUCCAAGGCUGCUGCAAAGACUGCCGCUACUUGCGUCCAAAACCUCAAUAAUUGGGGUCCUGCCGUGAAGGAAAUUCAGACUUGGCCCGAAUAUCAGCCUCAGCCACUGAGAGACCUGCCCCAACUCGCCAAAACGCUUGGUCUUGGCAAUGUUUUCAUCAAAGAUGAGAGCAGACGGUUCGGCACUGAUCUCGGCUCUUUCAAGGCUCUCGGUGCACCAUUCGCGGUGUGCCGGAUCCUCUCCGAUGAGGUACACCGUCAGACCGGCGCCUAUCCGUCAUCGGCCGAGCUUCGUACAAGCAAGUAUCAUCAUAUCACACAACAAGUGACUGUCUGUGUGGCGACAGACGGUAACCAGGGGCGGGGGCUUGCAUACGGCGCCAAAGUCUUCGGUUGCCGCUGUGUUGACUACAUCCACGGUCAUGUCAGCCCCGUGCGUGCCAAGAUGAUGAAGGAUCUCGGCGCUAUUGUCAUUCGAAUCGACGGAGAAUACGACGAGUCUGUGUUCCGAGCCAAAGAGGAUGCGCGAAUGAAUGGGUGGCACUUCGACGUAAUGAACGCAUAUAUGGUGGUGGCUGAAGAGGCGCUCGAAAUGCUGCCAAGCCUCCAGGACAUUACCCAUGUUUUUGUCUGUGGCGGGGUGGGCAGUAUCGCGGCAGCUAUCUUUCUGGGCUUCUACAAACACUUUGACGAAAUUUCUGCGUCAAACAGCACGAUUCCAUUUCCCCGCUGUGUCGUCAUCGAACCAACAGAGGCAGACUGCCUGCUUCAGAGUGCAAAAGCUGGAGAAUUACGUCAGAGCAACAGCAGCCUUAGAACAUUGAUGGCCGGGCUCGCAUGUCGAGGCCCGUCCCCCGCUGCCUGGAAGAUUCUUGAGUGGCUUUCCAGUGAUUUCAUUGCUGUUCCUGACCGCGUUGCCGUGGAUGGAAUGAUAGCCUUAGCGGAGGGCAAGCACGGUGACGUUCCUGUUGUUUGUGGAGAAUCGUCAGCCGCGACCAUGGGUGUCCUCCUGAAGGCAGGCAAUAAUAAGGCUUUUCGCGAAAGGCUGGGUCUUGAUGCGCGCAGCCAGUGCGUGAUCUUCGGUUUAGAAGGAGCAACGGAUCCAUCAAUCUAUAAGGAUCUCGUGGGCAAGUCGCCUGAAGAUGUUUUCAAAGAGCAAGACGUAUUUCUGCAGCUUCAUAGAUAG